GUGAAAAAUUGUGCUAGGUAAAAAGCCAAGGUAUCUAUUCCCUAGUUAAGCGUGGCUAAAGUCACACUAUAAAGUCCUCCAGACCUGAGUCUUCCUUGGAGAUUCCCAAAUUUCAUGGUACCUGUAACCCAGUCGAAUACAAUGGCUCCUAUACUGCCUGAACCUAUCUCCGUUCUGCAGGACAUUCGCACCAGCUACGACUCGGUCGAUCUCAAGUCAUGUGUGAUCGCGGGCCUCACGUCCGAACCAAAAUCAAUGCCAGACCUUCUUCUCUGGGACGAGCAGGGUAUGAGGAAUUUCAAUUCCUGGAUCCAGCACCAAGACUACUACCCACGUAGUAGUGAGCUAGAAAUCAUUCACAAAUAUCAGGAUGAGAUCGCGCAGAGCUUGCCAAGUACUCUUGUAUUGGUGGAAUUGGGCUGCGGAAGUCUUUACAAAACGAAAAGUAUCCUAUCCGCUCUAGCGUGCGCCAACAGAACCGUACACUAUUAUGCCCUCGACGUCUCUGAGGGGGCUCUCUCCGACAGCCUUGAGGAGCUCCAAACGGAAUUUGCUGAUCGACCCGCAAUCAAGAUCUCGGGGCUUCUUGGUACAUAUGAGGACUGUGUAAAGUGGCUGACGGAUGGAGCUUCACCGUGCGGACUCCCUUCUUCGACUGUGUGUUUUCUUUGGUUGGGUAAUAGCGUCACCAAUCUUGGUUUGUCAGACGCAAGCGCCCUCAUUAGCAAGUUUCGGAAUGUGUGUAUUGGCCUUGACUUGCAAUGCAGCUUCCUCCUCACAGCAGACUGCUGUACAUCGGACGAGCGCCUCAUGAAGGCCUACGAGCCUAUCAAUGGGCCUUCGCAUACGUUUAUGCAUCAUGGUCUGAAGACCGCGAAUGAGGUUCUUGGAUGGAAUGUCUUUGACGAGAAAAUCUGGAGAUGUACUGUGGAACGUGAUCUGGAUCAAAAUGAGCUGAUCUUUCGUUACCGACCUGCCGUGAACGUGUCACUAGAUAUAGGAUCAACAGUUGUGCACGUGCAGAAGAACGAAGGUAUACAGAUCACACGCAGUGGAAAAUGGAGCGAGAAGCAAAUGGGAUGGAUCGCCGACAGAAGUGGAUUUCGGAUUGAGCAUAUCUGGAGAGAUCUAAAACGGAAUUACUGCUUGUAUUUUCUGCUGUGAGCUUAUAUUCAACCGCCCGGAGUCGAAUAUGCAUUAAGGGGCUUCCAGAUUGUCCUGGCACGAGUUCAUAAAGUUUCCCUAUUCCAUGGCGGUAUCCGAGUACGACGGACUGGAAUUCUCGGCCACUACAAAAAUACUUUUGACCCAGAUCACAGUAGAGACUUCUUUUAUUUUAGUAUCAGACUAGAAUUGCCAAUCAUUGCUGUCGAAAUCUUAUACUGUAUGUGAAUAUUUUAUAGAAUAAAUUGCAACGUUCUACUGAGGCUGAUGUCAAGGCCAAAUGCUGGC